GGGGGCGGCACAUAAAUCUAAGCAUGGACGUAAGGCAUUUAGAAAAUAAAGGAAUAUAAAGGUUAGACGCUUCCCAGAAAUGGCACGAAAUGCAAAUACGAGGGGAAUGGCCAAUGAUGUGGCCGGGUUUCAGUCCAUACCAACCAUUUAAACUUUCGCUUUCGUCGGUAAAGGAGAAUCCGAACGAUUUGAAACGCGUCUAUUUUGAAGCAUAAAGGGAUUAAGACACAUAAAGCAAUCAUGGACAAUCAGGUCAACGGGCCGAAACGUCGCAACCAGAACAAUAAUAUUUUAAAAGCAAAAGAAUACAUAGGUUAUGCUUUAUUUUUCUUGCUUGACUGUCUACAUUGCGGAUUUUCCUUCCCCUUACGCGCACUGUAUAAACUCCUGAGUUCCUCUUAUCCAGAAUAUUUCCCUGUCCUGUCUUGGUCCAAGUGUAAUUUCUCCGUUUGGCCAGUGGGUGUCACUGGUCAUCCUGUUUCCUGUUAUAUCCCAGUGAAAGUCCACACGCUGGUUGCUGGAGAAACAUUCAAUGCUCAUGAAACCUUCAUGCAAAAGCUGAAGCUGCAGAUGGAGCUCUGCAGUGCAGAGAGCAGCAACGUCAUCCUGCUCUUCUGUCCUGUCGUUUCUCGGAUUGGGACAGACAUGGAGGCAGCCAUGGACAGAGUUACAGAAGACAAACCUGUCAUCCUGGUGUUCAUGCACCACUGUCGCAGCUCCAGUCACAUGACCAACAUCACAGUGCAACCGUCCAGUAACAAAAUAGUUCAAAUCGUCCACUGUGCCUUCCAUGAAUCACAGGGGCUGCUAGAAUGCACAGAAAACAGGCAGGCUGUUGCUGAGGUGCGUUCGAAGUUGCUGCAGUACGAACAAAGAAAUAGACUCUCUAAAGGGGAAACGAUCAUUUAAAACAAACAGCAUGCACCCAUUCUCACACAUCUUAAUCAGUCCUGAAAUUUGAGUUUGAUCAUGUUUUUAAAACAUAGUUUUAAAUGUGUUUCUGAUGUGGCAUAUAAGCUUGCACACUGUAAGGAAUCCAUUUUGUUAAUGUAGUUUCAGCAAAAUUAUGAUUUAUUGCAUGUAGACAUGCACCUCUAUUUGAAAGGCAAUUCAAAUGUAAAUUAAAGAGAAAUGACUAGCAACAAAUGUUAAUGUCGUCAUUUCCUAAUCAUCUUAGUGGUAUCAAAUGAAAGCCCCAUUCUCUCCCUGAAUUCCGCCAUGAUUUUAAUUUGCUAACAGUGUCCGUCUAUAAAUCAUUAACCAAGAAUAUUGGGGCGUCUUGGCUAUUAAUCCUUACACUCACCCAGCUAAACUUCUUGGUUGCUGAUUACUAAUUGCCGGCAGUAGACAUGGCAAAGAGAUGUAAACACUAAACUUGAGGACCAGAGUGUUGCAGGUUUGGGUCCCAGCGGAGAUCAGUAUAGCAACACUGUUAACUAAGGUACGUUAGAAGACAUGAAAGGGGAGCCUGUUGAAGUCACAUAAAGUGUCUGUAAACCAGGUAAUGCUGUCAUUAUUGUGCUGGGGAUGUUAACUCUGCAUGUAUGACAUUUGGAAAGCACCCGGCAUGUAAUGAACUGCUUGUGCACCUGACAGCACAAACUGAUGAAGGCCGCAUGCCAAAAUGUUUGUGCUAUAGCAAGGUCGGACCUAUAAUAUAAAGAGCGUCAGUCAUCUUACCAUCAGGGGUGAUAUGAUUCACCGAUUCACAUCAGUGCACUGGUACAAAAGUUCACAAUGAGAUUUCCCAGAUUUAGAAAGUGUACGAGAUGCGAUUUGGGAUGAACUUGGGGUGCAUAUUUUGCAGCAUCUUUGGAUUGGUAAAAUCUGAUUUAUCCAUAUAUAAUAAUUAGUAGAAGCCCGAUGCCUUUAUCAGUUACAAAUGUGUCAUAAUGUACCAUAUUGAAUUGGAUAGCAUCAUAUUCUUUUGCGUCAUAUUGUAUCACAUUGAAUCUCAUUGUAUUGAAUCAAAUUGUGUCUAAUCACAUUGCAUCUCAAUAGGGGUGAAUCAAAUGCUAUCACAUUAGUAGUUGCUUCAUAUGUACCGUUAAUGUAUCGGAUUAUUGGCAGUGCAUCGAGAUGUAUAUCGCAUAAACCUCAGUGAUGAAGAUGCAUAUCCCUAAUAUACACUCACCCUGUUAAUAAUUGUUUAACAAGUGUUAUAGUUAAUAUAUCGCUGCCAGGAGAUUAAAUAUGCUUAAUUGUGUUGUGUUUGAUCAGACAGGAAAAGUUAAUAAAAGUAUAUAAAUAUU